UGCGAUUGCCAGCCUUGAUGAUGAAGUUAGAUGAACUAAUUUACAUUGCAGUCGAACUGCGGCCAUCAUGGAUCGUAGUUGAUUGGAAGUCGCGAUUUAGUGGUCACGUUUAUAUUAUUAGUUUUAAUUAAGAAAUUUAAGAAUACUUUUUUUUUAAAGAAACAAAUUAAAGACUAAAUACUCCUUGAUUUAUCUAUUUACAUCAAUACAUAUUGAUGUAUAUAAAGAGUAAAUUGUUAAAGCCAUGACUGUGAGAGAGUGUUAUUGUGUUGAACUGUCGCCCAGCAAAAAAUCGAUUUACGGAUUGAGAAUGAGAAAAAUAUUGUUAGUGCUGGUAUUUACCAGUUUAAUGAUUAGUUCUUGUGUCGCUGAUUUGGAACUAUCAUGCACAAACGUGCGAAAUGUCUUUGAAAAGAAAGGAAUGUUGUCGGUGGUCGACAUACAGGAGCAGCCUAACUCGGAUGCGGAUGGGUUAUGCGGGACGCACGGAUGCUGCGGCGCGGCGGCGCGCGCGCCGCUCACGCAGCAGGCGCGCAGGCAGCUCGAGGACGCGCUGCGCAGUGAGCUCGGCAAGCUGGCGGACGUACUCAGCAACAGGGCCAAACGGUUUGACGACUUCUUCCGCAAGCUGCUGCAGAUCUCGCGCGAGGGCUUUCACGCCAUGUUUAAGCGCACGUACGGGAUGAUCUACGAGCAGCAUUCAUACGUCUUCGAGCAGCUCUUCGAACAGCUCGAACGGUACUACACUCUCGGCGACACCAACUUCGAGCACAUGAUGGAUCAUUUCUUUGGCAUACUUUACCAGAAGAUGUUCAGCGUGCUCAAUGCUCAAUACAGUUUCGAUGAAAAGUACUUGAAAUGCGUGAACGAGCACAUGCGCGAGAUCCAACCAUUUGAGGACGUGCCGCACAAGCUGUCAGUGCAGCUGCGGCGCGCCUUCGUGGCCACGCGCACCUUCCACAAAGCGCUGCGCGCCGGCGCCGACGUCGUGCGCAACAUGAUGCAGGUGGGGGUGGGCGAGGAGUGUGCGGCGGCGUGGGCGCGGCUGCGCUGGUGCGGCGCGUGCGGCGCGGUGGCGGCGCCCGCCUGCAGCCGCUACUGCCACAACGUGCUGCGCGGCUGCCUGCCUGCGCACGCCGACCUCGCUGACAACUGGGACGCCUACGUCGACGCUGUGGAAAAGGUAGCCGAUCGACUUCUUGGUCCAUUCAAUAUCGCCAUGGUGGUAGAACCGAUCGACAUAAAGAUAUCCGAGGCCAUUAUGAGCUUUCAAGAGCACAAUCAAGAGAUCUCCCAGAAGAUCUUCGCCGGGUGCGGCAAGCCAGUGCUAGGCGGCGGCGGCGGCAGCGGGGCCUUCUUCGCGCCCGAGCGCAGCCGCCGCUCGCCGCGCGCGCCGCCGCCCCUGGCCCGUUACCGCCCCGCCGCCAAUGACAUGGACGAUUUCGAGAUCGAAGCGUCCUUCGAGAGUCUAGUCAACGACGAUCCUUCCCUCCUCAGCCUGAGGACACCAGAAGGUAUCAAAAAGAUAACGGACGAGAUGGCCGAACAUGCCAAGUUGAGAGAGCGAUUCUUGCAAUAUAUGAGGGGAAAUAUCGAUUUAGAAGCGUACGAAGAACACGAGAGACGAAAACGAGACGCGGAACCCGAACCCGCCGGAGGCGCUGAAAUUGACUUCAGGUCGUACGAGUUCGCCGGCAAACGGGGCUCCAAGAAGAAGAAGCCCGUCGUCAAGGCGGAAGACGGCCACGGGUCGGAGUGGGCGGGGCCGGCGCUGGAGAAACUGGUGCGCGAGACGCGGCUGCGCGUGCGCGCCACGCAUCACUACUGGAGCCACCUGCCCGCGCUGCUGUGCAGCCCGGCCAGCGUCACCAGCGCGCCCUGCUUCAACGGCACGCACAGCGCGAGCUAUACGUUGAGUUCGGCGGGCGAGGGCAGCGAAGCGCUGGCCGCCAACCCGGAGGUGCGCGGCGCGGCGCGCGCGGCGGCCGCCGUGGCGCGCGCGCAGCUCGACGCGCUGCCCGCGCUCACCGCGCGCCUCAAGGACGCCUACAACGGCGUUGAAGUGCAGUGGAAGGACGACAGUGAUUCUCUGGCGGCGGUGGAGUCGCAAAUGCACUCGCUGACGGAGCCGGGGUCGGGGUCGGGGUCGGGUGACGACGCUGACGACGAGGACGCUCGCGACCGCCUGCCCGACGACGACGAAGACCGCGACUCGCCCACAGACUAUCCUGAAGGGUCGGGCGAGGGUCCGCGUAGGGACGACGAAGACUCGCUGGGGCCAGAGGCGGAGGAGCCGUCGGGCACCGAGCGCGCCGCGCUGCCGGCGCCGCCGGGGCUGCCGGGCGUGGUGGACAGCCCCGAGACCCGCAACGUGCAGGUGCGCGGGCACGUGGGCGCGGCGCCGCCGCCGCCCGAGCCGCCCGCGCCGCCCGCCGCCGCCGCCGCGCGCCCCUCGCUGCAGAAGGCGCUCUUCACCUACGCGCUGCCGGUCGUCUGCGCGUGGUUCGGCACCAUCAUCACCGACUUGAUAUAACCGCACCCUCAUUACUUCAGUGUUGGACUUAUUACUUGAUCGAUUGUGCAAGAGGCCGUUGCGGACGUGUGCGGGGUACCAGCAAGUUAAAUCUGCUAGUGGCCUCUGACCUCUAAAGUGUAUUGUGAAUUUCCACACGUGACGUUUCGGAUGAACUGAAGAGAAUGAAUCGGAUAGUAGUAUCCUAGUCAGUAAAAGCGGAAGUCGAAUGGCGUGUGAGCGCUGCUGUGAUAAAAAGAAGUGGACAGGUUAUGCCUACUAAAAAUAUAGGAAAGAAUGUCUGAGCAUGAACUUCCUAGAAAAUUUGUAAAACGAUUUACAACCACUGAGAAAUAUAGUGGAUUUUAUUUAUUUUUUUUAUAUUAGUGUUAGUCCUGGUUUUUUAUACUAUCCAUUUUUAAGGGACGCAUGAAUAUUGUCUCCGAUAGGUGGCAUUUAUUUAAAAUUGAGUCGUGUGGGGGACCCGGCGGCUCAAGCUUUAGGUAUGGCCCGAUGUUGCCGCCGCGCAGUUGGCAUGAGAUCCAUCACCGACCACAAACGGUCACUCCCGACAAAGUCCCCGUGGGUGCAGCAGGCGGAUGGAGUGUGGCACAGUUAUAAAUCCGUACGAGUGGCUGAAAAUAUAAUACUGCCAUCGGUUUGCCACUGCCGAGCACAUUUUAUUAUUGUGCAUGAAGUUUAAAAUUUAACUUAGCUAGUGAAUGUAAUAUGUCUAUUGUUAUGCAUCAGAUUAAUGUAUGUAUACUAUAUUGUGAGUCUGUGUGGAAUGCUAAUGAUUAAACUUGGAUGUUUAUGUGUAUUUCUCCAUAUUGAAUAUUUAUACAUAUUUUAUGUAUACAUACUUAUUUUUAGCCAUUACUUUAAUUCUAAGAGCAAAUCCACAUAAUGACUUUUUUACGUUAAAAAUGACUUAACUAAUGUACAUAUAACUUAGACUAAAUAUUAAAAUUAAUUUAAGAGACUGAUUCGCUUUCGUUUAUUUUAUAUAAAUAAUAUAGCUAAUUUUAUUUGAUCAUAUGCGACGGUUAAGCAAAAAAUAUUGUGAUGUAACUAUAUCGCUUUUAUAUCAUAUUUGUUUUUUACAAGGGUUUCCUAGUAUCAUUUUUUAUAUAUGAAUUUGAAUACUACUUGAGAGCCAAUUUUUGUAAGUAAAAGUUUCUCCCCUUGCGCCCGCUGUCCGCCGCCGACCUCGUCUCAUGGCAGUGUGAAGCGCACCUUCAUUUCGAUAAGCUUCACCAUGUCGAGCUGGAGUCAUGAGCUAGUGGAUAUUAUGUACAUGUUUUUACUAACGACAUGCUUUGCCAUACUAAAAAAUAGGAAAUUUACUAUCAUAAAUGUAAUAAUGUGUACGCUAAUUCUUAUUUUUUAAAGCAUUAUUUCCAUCUAUGAAAUGUAAGAUUAAAUGUAAAUUUAUAUAUUAACUCCGUACCAUGCACUCAUUGUCUACAGCAAUUUAGGCCCGCAGCCUGCCUUGAAACAAUUAUGAUAUCAGAACUUUUAUAUUCAUUAAUAAAAAAUCCGGUCAAGGACCACUCGGCUCGCCACGCGCCGCGACCCGCCGUGCACGAACAACACGCGUGCCUGCCAAUUCCUACAGUUGGUAUUAGACACAUUUAUUUGUUUAAUAUCAUUACAAAGCAGCUGUGUGUAAGUCUUGAUUGAGACAAAAUCUAAAAAAAUAAAUAAAUAUAUAUAUAUAUAUAUCGAGUUGCACGAGUACGCGGGCUAUAUAUACCUAUCGCCAGCUGAACGCGAUAUGUGCAAGCUACGGGACCAAAUUAAUAAUAUAUUAUAUGCCUGUUUUGUGUCAUUUGCAUUGUGCUUAUUGUAUAUUCAUUAUUAGUUACUAUGUAUCUUUUUGUUUUUUCCAAAGGAAUUGAUGCGCAAGAAAUUGAUUAAAUGUCUCACUUAUAUAUAUAUAAUCUAGCCAACGAAGCGCAGCUAUAUACGCAAAUUGUUGCACCCUGAAUUCAUAUUCAGGGGCGUUAUGGUUAUUGGUUACAAGAGCCCACGCCGCGCCGCUCUCCAUAGCUACAACAUCAUUUUCAUUUUCAUUUUCAUUCAAUUAUCUAAAACCUAUACACUACUUCUAGUUACGACCUUUAACUGUCUUACAAGAACCUGAAUGUGGUUUUCAGAAUAAGAACGCAUACUAUAAAUUAGUAAGUAGUUGAAAAAAUCAUGGAACAAAAGGAACUAGUUCAUGAAUAAAAUUAGUUUCAAAAUUCAAUAAUAUUCUGCAAGUUGGCCUCAAGGGCUAUUUUACAAGUCAAUAGUGGGUUAAUAGUAGUUUUAUAAGAACGGUAGUGCGAUAGUCUCAUUAAGUGAACGCCCACAGGCGUCAACUAAAUCCACAAUCUUACUCUGAAACCACUUUGGGAUAUGAAGUGUGAACCAUUGGUGGAGGUUACUAAAGUAUUUGGUCUGACAACUAAGCCUGUAAAUUGAACGCUUUCAAUAUAUAAUCUUAAAAUAAUAUGAAGACACAACCAGAACAUUGCGGUUAUUAUCAGAUUUUAACUGAACAAUUUGUAAUACUGUAUAGACUUAUUGUAAAUAUUGUAUUUCAUGUUAUAUAAAAUUAUAUAAUUAAACUACUUUCAUGAAAAGUGAAUGUGGCUAGUAGUAGUUUUUAUACAUUUAACGAAACAGGGUACCGAGUUGAUUCAUUAAACCUACAGCGAUAGUGCAGGAGUAAAUAAUGCCACGUCCUAACAGUGACCCGACGAGCAGGGUGGCUGCUCGCGCUGCGACCACGCUGGUAUCUGCGCUACAGGCGGACUACUGCAAUUUAUGAUCGCCAUACGACAAGUAGCGCGGUGCCCAAUCCAAUUUUUGUUUUGUGAGUUCUGAAGCUUUUAUGUUUUCGGUACUUUCAAUUAUUUAUGUACUGUUCAACUGUUUUGUUACAACAAAUUUCUUAUCUGUGAUGAUGUUUUAAUUGCUUCAUAACUACAUCAAUAUCGAUUUGGUAAUAACAUUCAAAUUUCGAACAUCUCUGAAAAAAAAAGCAAUUCCAUUUCAUCUCUCUUCUAAUAUCAAUCGAGAUGCCGUUUUGUUCGAAAUAAAAUGUUAAUAGGCGGGUCCACACAGAGUAACCAGACGCCCGAGGGAAUCUCCUCCGCGAACAAACCGGCCGAGGCCCGUCUACUUUGGCUCGCUCUGUGUGGACCCGCCUAUAUGCAUGCUAUUUUGACAAAUCUCGCAUGUUAGUUUGUAUCGAACGAUACGGAAAUAGGCCCCUCAGGCGACUUUAGUAAGACUGAAUAAAUAAAAAAACAAGAAUGCGUGACAUGCGUGAAAAACCUUUUAUUUACCGCUAUUUGACGUACAGUUUAUCCUUUAAUUAGCCUGGGGAGCCUGGGGUCCGCUUGAAAACUAAUCCCCAGAAUUGGCGUAGGCACUAGUUUUUACAAAAGCGAAUGUCAUCUGACCUUUCAAUCCAGAACCUUAUUGGGAUUAGUCCGGUUUCCUCACGUAUUUCCCUUCACCGAAAAGCGACUGGUAAAUAUCAAAUGAUAUUUCGUACAUAGGUUCCGAAAAACACAUUUGAAACUUAGCACAGCCCUGGCGCACGCAGUGGCGCCCGCCUGGUGGGCGCUCGGCGUACAGUACUGGUUUAAUCAUAAUGUGAAUUUGCCAACCCGCACAGCGGGCGCUUAUAUAUAUUGCCCGGUUCUUGGGGUAGCGUGCCGUUUUUCGUCUGGCAGUGAAUGUGUUAAGACACUUCGUCCGUUUCUUAAACCCACACCCGUAUUUUAAUGCCUUUCUUUAUGUAGCAGUCACAUAAACUACUAUUAUACAAUAAUACAUUACGAUACGAUAUUGUAUCGGUCGCGGCCACUCACCGUCUUUAGUAACCGCAACAAUUAGUAAAAUAAAAUAACCGAUUAAGUGCAGUGCGAGAGGAGCCUGUCUGUUCUGUUAGGCUGUGGCAUAAAUGAUAAAUAUACGAGUGGAAAAUGUCAUGCGUGUUAUAUGUAUUUAUACAACACUGGAAACUGCUCAAAUUUACUUAGUAUUGACAUUAACAUGGCCCACUGAUGUGAAAAGUCUACAAUUUCUAUCGCGAGAAACAGCAGCCGGUUUGAAUGCCAAUGGGGAGUCUAGUCAAACAGUGUAAUGGCAUUGGAACUGAUCGCAUGAUAUCGGGCAGUUUCUGCGUGCACGGCGGAGACCGGGGCGUUCGUUGUAAAUUGUAGUUAAAAUGUUAUCACAGUCGGUAUUGCAAUGGUGUUUUGGAAAUAUAUAUAUAGUAGAUAUUCAAUUUAAGAUCAAAAAUAAACAAUAACAUGUGAA